CGUUUCCAUGCUGUGAACAACGUAAAAGUUGUUCGCGUUUAAAAAUAAACUUGGCAGAAAGAAAAAAAGCAAAAAUUAUAAAAACGCCCGCGUAUAAAUAAACCUACUAAAUGUACGCAAUAGUUCGUUAAUUGUGCACAGAUUUGGAUAAACAAAAAAAAAAGUAAAAAGACAGAAACCAAAUGACGGCCCCUGAACAAGCGCCACUGCCGGCCAUAAACCAAAUGGAAAUGUCCGUAAAUUCAAAUGCCGCCGAUUCGGAGGAAAUAACACUGGACGCCAUACUGAAGCACAUUGGACAGUUUGGACGCUUUCAGUUGUUUAUAUUUUUGCUGAUCUGUUUGCCAAUGAUGUUUCAUGCCAUGUUCUCUGUAACAUACGUUUUCACGGCCGGAACGGUGAUGCACAGAUGUAACAUUACAGAGUGCGAUGGACCCGACAGCCGAUACGAUGAGCCCUGGACCGAGUAUAGCAUACCAAAGAAUGGCAGGGACCUGGACAAGUGCAAUCGCUACGAUAACUAUCAGCUGUCGUCCUGGAAUCAAACGCAGAAUAUCUGUCUGGCCGAUAACUAUAAUAAGGAGAAAAUCGAGCGAUGUCCCGGCAACGAUUUCAAAUUCCGCGAUCAAGAAUUUACCAUUUCCAAUGACUUUGAGAUUUUCUGCGACGAUGAAUGGAAAUUAUCACUCGUCGGCACAAUAAACAAUCUGGGACAAUUCUUUGGCAUACCGCUCGGAGGUUUUGUGGCCGAUCGUUAUGGUCGCAGCUUUUCCAUUGCCUUGGGCGGCAUUUUGGGCGCCGUGUUGGGCAUUGUGCGCUCCUAUUCACCCAACUAUAUUUGCUUCCUUGUUUUCGAGUUUUUGGACAACAUGACCAGCAGCACCCUGUACUCAACGUGCUUUGUGAUUGGCAUUGAGCUGGUGGGCCCGAAGCGUCGUGUGCUCGCCUGCAGUGUCAUAACCAUUUUCUAUGCCAUCGGCGAAGUGGCCCUGGCCAUGUUCGCGAAGGCCUUUCCGCACUGGCGCACUCUGCUGCGAAUUGCCUACACGCCUUCGCUGAUUCUGCUCGCCUACUUCUGGAUCCUCCCUGAGAGCGUGCGCUGGUUGCUAAGUGUCGGCAAGGAGGAGCGAGCCCGGGGCAUUCUGCGCCGAGCGGCCAGGGUGAAUAAGCGCAAACUGUCGGAGAGUGCGUUGGACAAAUUGGUCAUAGCCAAUCGGGACAAGCUGCAGCAAUCCAACGAGAGUAAAUUUCCCAUUCGUGAGGCCUUCAGCAACUUUAAGUGGCGCAUUGCCAAUUGCUCCUUAUGCUGGAUUGUCCAUGUGCUGGUCUACUAUGGGCUCAGCUUGAACGUGGUGCUUUUGGAUGGCAAUAAGUACAACAACUUUGCUUUCAUUGCACUGGUGGAGAUUCCGGGCUUCUUUAUGCCACUUCUGAUCAUGGAUCGCUUUGGCAGACGUUACUCCCUGUGUGGUCUUAUGCUGUUCAGUGGCCUGUGUUGCAUUGGCACCAUUUUCGCAGGAGGCGAUCAACAAGUCUUGCAGCUGGUGCUCUUCCUGGUGGGUAAGCUGACCAUCACGGCUAGUUUCCAGGUGCUCUAUUUCUUCGCCUCAGAAAUCUUUCCCACUAAUCUGAGGAACAGCUUGUUGAGCUUCUGCUCCAUGAUGGGCAGAUUUGGCUCCAUGUUGGCGCCGCAGACGCCGCUAUUGGCCAAGUAUUACACAAACGCUCCAGCCAUUCUCUUUGCUUGCGCUGCCAUAUUUAGCGGAUGCCUCACUCUGUUCUUUCCCGAGACCACAAACCUUGUAUUGCCCACAACGGUCAAGGAAGCGGAUGCCAUUGGCUUCAAGAAGAAACCGCCAAAGGAUCAGAAUAUUAACGUUCCCGCAUAAUAGGCUCAAUUAAAUCUACAAACUAAUUUAUUUUAAGACAACCACGAGACAGUUCAAAGACACAACUUUGCAUUAUAUAUCACUAAAUGCAGCAUAUAUUUACAUAUGUGCUGUACAUAAUUUUUUUUUUUAAUAUAUUAUUUAUUUAUAAGCAACUUUUAAAUAGUAAUAAAUAAUAGCAUUGCAUGCUCCUGUGAGAGCCGAACAGUAAUAUGUGCAUACAAUAAUACUCGUCCUGACUAUUGUAAGAUUAUGAUAAAUUUAAGUAUGACAUAGGUUUUCAUUAUAUUUAUUGUACUAAAUCCUUACGGGUCGUUUGACGCACGAUGCCAAUCCUGCGUGUUCAAAAUGGUGUGUCCAUACCAGAUCCUUAAGGAUUUCGCCAAGUUAUGGCCAAAAAACUAUAUCCUUUUUAUAAAAAUAGCUCUAGGUGAGCAAAAGAGAUAUUUGUCUAUAAGGAAAGAAGGAUGUUGAUUGACGUUAUCCUUGCGUAUGACAAGGACUAUAAUCUGCCAAAAGGGCAUAAAAAUCGUCCUUAUAGUUUCCGAGAUAUGUUAUUUUUUAAGUCGACAUUAAAAACCAAAUAGACCAUAAUUUGGUCACCUCAAGGACCAUCCCGAUGUCCUUUGGCCAACAUGCAGUCCUUGUCUUGCCAACUUAGAAUAUGUAAUAAAAAGGACGAAAGUCCUUCAAGUAGCUGUAGA